AUGGGCCGUCGGUCUAAGCUUGAUGCGCUUGCAGAUAUUGGCGAUGGCGGUGACUCCCAGACCAUUGGUGACGAGCACAUCCAUAUCUCGGCGGACGGAACACGUGUCAUUGCCCACCUCCACAAUCCACAGCCUGUCAAACGGCAUCGCAUAACAGAGCUGGCUGAAGUCGACGAACGGCUAGAAGGAUGGACACCGGUUAACGCGGGAGAUAUCCAAACCGCCCGCGCCAUUGCGGAUACUGUCUCGUCCUAUGAGAUGGCCCCAGAUGUCGAGCUGUUGGGUAAUAAAGAGAAACGGCCAUACUAUCAGAGCUCGGACGAUCCGAUGUCAGUCUGGCUUCCAGAAGCCUCGGUCUUCCUCGACGAGCUUCUCCGGCGUGAGGGGCUCACAAAGCAUCAUUGCUCACUGUGCAGUAAAGACGACGACCGUUUGUUCCGAUGCAACAGUUGUGGGGCAUACGCACAGUGCCAAACUUGUGUUUUGGAAAGACAUAGGCUCACACCUUUGCACCGUGUUAUGCGAUGGAAUGGCAAGUUCUGGGACGAUGCAUUGUUGCACCGUCCCAUUGCGCAGAACGGUCUGGGUCUGGAGGUGCAAUUAGGGCAUGACGGCUUACCGUGCCGCAAUCCAAGCGCUCCGAGGAGUAUGGUCGUAAUCCACACCAAUGGCGUCUUCUCAUUGACUGUACGCCUUUGCGCAUGCGAGCUCGGUCAACAACGAAGCGACCCAGUCCAGCAACUAUUGGCCUAUGGCUGGUAUCCGGCAACAACCGUCCAACCUGCGACUUGUGCAACGCUGGAGGCCUUAGAGCUAUUCCGCCUCCUCAACGUCGUCGGGAAUAUCAAUGCGCACGACUACAUGGGGGUCAUGGAACGGUUGACAGAUGCGGCGAAUGUCGGGAAGACACCGGAUCGUUACAAGGCCUUGCUGCGAAUGACCCGUCAACACGCAUAUUUGAUUCGAGCAAAGCGUAUGGGGCGAGGACACGAAACCAAUGGCCUUCAAUUAACGGCAGUUGGUGGGCUGGCGGUUGUCUGCUGGGCGUGCCCGGACGAUAAGCGCAAUUUACCAACAGGGUGGAGAAAUGUGCGGAAGAAAGAUGCGUAUCUUUAUAAGCUUAUAUUGGCCCUUGAUGCCAAUUUCCGUCUCAAAAACCGACUGCGGGCGAAUGAGCAUUCUGACCCCUCUCUUACACGGGGCCAAGGGUAUUUCGUGCAGUCGGAUGGAUACAAGAGUCAUCUGAAGACAUAUGUGAAGGAGAAAGACAUAAGCUCUUGCGUUGCGUUUGCAGCAUUACUACAGAAAGACACGCGCUUGACGACGGGCCUCCGUGUUUCAGGUGUUGGUGGGUGCGUAUGCGCCCGGCAUGGGCUAGUCCGCCGCCAAGGCCUCGGAGAUCUGCAGAAAGGAGAAAGAUUCGCAAAUAUGGACUUCAUCGCGUUGGCCACGCUGGAGAAUGAAACUGCGCAGUCUGUUCUCUUUUCAUAUGACAUCGCGUGCCAGUGGAAAGUACUCCUGCCGCUUCGCGCACGUCGUCUCAAGGAUAGUGGCCUCCUUACAACUGACCUCGACGACUUCGAAAUCCAAUACGCCCUCCCCGUCUGGCACGCAUCAGCCCACGAAAUCACAUGUCAAGUAGCAAAUUCAUUACGCUAUGCGGUGGGUGUCGGGAAAACAGAUGGCGAGGGGAUUGAAAGGACCUGGUCAAUCCUUAAUCCGGUCGGUUGGUCAACGAAAGAGAUGGGCGAAGGAUCACGGCACGAUGCGAUUGAAGAUAAGAUUGAUCACGUCAAUUUCGAGAAGAACAUUGGACAAGGUGAGAAGUACACUUGCUCGGAAACUCUCAUCGUCGCUAUCGCGGAGUCAAGCAAACAGGAUGAGGAGUUUCGCGAAAUCGACGGCAAUAUCAGUCCCGAGACCCGAAAGGCUUGGCAAGCUAAACUCGACGCAUGGAAACGCGAUGAUGCCCAGCCAAAUCCUUAUGUCAUUGAAGGCGGGCAACAAGCUGGACCAUCCCAGAAAGAUAUUCUCAACGAGCUCAAGGCUGCGGAGUUGGCUGAUGCCCGAGCCGGUAAUGUGCCCCUCCUGGAGGGGACGAUGACAGCAGCAGCAUUUAUAGAGGCUGGACUACAGUUGGAAGAAUCUCAGUUGGUCUACGACCCAAUCACAUCAGCUGAUCCGCUGACCAUCAUCAGGCGGAAAAUCAUUGCCGAUACCAAAAAUACCACGCUACUUACCGCCAAUCGCUCCAGCCAAAUUCAGGAGUCGCGCUUUUCACUGUUCAACAAAUACAAGACCUUCGCACGUCACGAAGCUCGUGCAGCGGCGAAGGAGGAAGGAACCGUCAACGCCGAAAACAUCAGGCUGUACCUCCCUUCGCAGCUGACGGCUGAGCAACGGAAGCAAGCGUGUCUCCGUGCGGCAACUAACGCCGAGGCCAAGCUCUGGCUUGGCCAAUGCGCCGAUGCCUUGGCGGCGCUACGUGGCAGCUUACACACCCAAGCUCACGUCAUCUACUGGCGCAACGCAAAUGCAGUCGGGCAGAAGAGCUCAACACGCUCUGCGACCCUCAUCAGCCGUAUCGGACAACAAGUAGAGCGAAAGGCAGCAAAGUAUCGCGACGCCCAGGCCGCUCUCGUUGCACUCAAAGGUGCUUCAUACGCUCCCCAGUUCCGGAAACUUGAGCCUGGAGACGUUAAUCAUCGACCGGGAGUCGAGAAUGAUGUGGUCUCGAUGAAGCACUUGGCUUCGGCUGAUUCAACACGGGCGUCUCGCAAUGAGCCCACAACCACUGCUAUCCAAGGAAAGGUUUCCUGGAUAUGGUCAGCUGGCGCGGGCGCUGGAGCGGGGGAACUUCACGACUCUGUUCGCGUCGACUGGUCGAAGGCCAAGGCAAGGCGAGAGCGAUGGCGGGAGGAAAUCGGCUUACUUCGGGAGGAGAUGAAGCGAGUGCUCCGAUCACUCCGGUGGGAACAGGAGCAAUGGCAGAGGCGCGCAUCGGGUCGGGAUGACGAGGAGCUGACGGUGGAAUUGAAGUCUGGGCUUCAGGCCUACGCCUUGCGCCAAAGCGAGCUCCACAAGCGCAUUGGCGCGCAGUUUUUCGCGGGGUGGGACAAACCGAUCACUGGGGCUGUGCGGGAUGUCAUGAAUGAUGACAGUACCCUGUUUCGACAGCUGCUGGAGGGUACCGCGCUUAGCGCACUUGACGUGGAUGAACCAGAGUUGACGGCUGUUCAGCUUCCUUCAUGGCGAAUCAAGCAUCGACAGCGUUCCGAGUUCUCAACUGACCCCCAAGAUAUCAUGUUGCGCAACACAGAGAUUAAGCUGCGGUGCAGUCAGGCAGAGAAUGGCAUUCUCGCUGUUCAGGCGGCAUCACUAGCACUCUCGGCAACUAAAAAAGCACGUGAGCUUGAUUACCGGGGGCAGGGUGGCAUGACUCGCUCACAACGAAAUGAGCAAAAAGGAAAUCUCGUCAAGGACCACGAAAUCGGCAUAUAUAAUUGUGCACGUGAGGCCUUAGUCAGUCUGGGCCAUAUCAAGCGGGAUUCUGACAAGCCCUUCCCACCUUUGACUCGACGCGAUACCCGACGCAAAGAAACUCAUUUACAUCGUGCUAAAGGCGACUCACGACUAUUCGAUGGGACAGCAUGGUAUCUUCAGAGUGGCACAAAGCCCUUGGUACCCAUAAUUGGGCAACAGGUGUUGGCUGCAGGGGGGGACUCAGAUGAUGAGCCACAGUUGCUUACUGGAACACAGUCUCUCAAGCGAUCAGGGUUCCAUAAAUCACCCCGCCCAGCUAAACGGGUAAAAGAUAUUAUGCCUGCCGACAGCAGCGAGGAAGACAUGUCUGAUACACCAUGUGAUUCUGAUGGUACAGGCACUGAUCAGGCACCCAGCAAAAGGAGACAGAAGAAGAAGAAGAAAAAGGGAAAAAAGGGUGAUGGGUGGAUAUGGAUGGAUGGAUGGGUGAAGGGAAGGAUGGGUGAUGGUUCAAAGCUUGCAGAAUAUAAGCAAGAAGCGGACCGUGUGCAAUAUCUUCGAGCAGAAGCGGAAAUGUACCGCUGGCUAGAACAGUAUGAGCGGAAACAUGCUGAGCUAUGGCGUGUUAUUGAGCGGUUUGGUCGGGAUGCUGCUGUCUGGGAUGGCUUGGCAGAACAUGCAGAAGCACGUGAUGGGGGGAUGUCAGGUGCAGUUUCAUUUGCCCGAAUGCAGGCAGCUAUGUCCAAGCGGCUACAGCACAAUGCCCGCGCAACAUUCCGCAAUGCUGACUUGGGUGCCCAUCAUGACUGGGUCUGUGCCACAAGCUUUGAUGACUUGGUUUCACGCAUUGAUCACUGGCGUGAAGUGGUCUUCAAGUGGAUGGAUGAUAUGGGCAUACACCACUUCCUCUGUUUUUCGUGGGACCUACGCACCAUUUCAAGCCGUCCCACCAUCGCCGCAUUUCUGACCGAGAAUGCCCGCUUCACGAAUGCUGGGGUACACGACAUGGCGCUGCUUACGACCUCAAGUAUCGGCCCACCCGCCGUAUUCGCGCUGCCCAACGGCGGCGAAGGCGUGUCCGGCGUAUUUGCAUUCGCACUCUCGUCGCCCAGCGCCAUCGGGCGAGCCUGUUUCCGGCUUAUUCGCGAUGCAGAAGACGGGGUGUGGCGGGCACAUACGCUGUUUAUGAACAUGGAGGAACUGGUUGGGCACGAGGAGCGCGCGCCGCAGGAGGCGUACCGGGAGGAGACAUGGCAGGAGGCGCAUGAAAAGGCGCGUUGCGGAGAUCGAGCGGGACCCCACGGUGCUCAUCGUGGGCGCUGGACAGGCGGGGUUGACGUGUGCCGCGCGUUUUGGGAGGAUGGGUAUUCGUACUCUGGUCAUCGAGAAGACGGAGAAACCGGCAACCGUUGCCGGUCCACCGCCUCCGUCUCCGCCACUGCCCCGCCCGUUGCCUGCAUCGCCCAGCUCGUCGCCAACACCGCCUCGCCCGUUGCUGCUGCGCAUUACUGCGCGUAUCGCCCGUCGCCUUGCCCUCUCGCUGCGGCACUACUGCGGAUACUACGGCACCCGCUCACUGCCUCCACCUCACUCCUCUGA